GUGUUCUAUCUGGAUUGGUUGGGAUCGAGGGCAACGCCAUCGGUCUAGCCUCCUAAUUGAUCGUCACCACCACCUUCCGCACUGCUUCUUCCUCCCCACUCUCCGCUUCAGAAUUGUCCGCUCUUCUUGCUCUUGAGAUUCGUACUCCAGCGGCGGCGUUGUUUGUUUGUGCUUGGGUUUCUGUGGCGCUUGUUGUUCGGUUUCGGUGCGUUUGAUGAGGGCAGUGGGUUGUUUCUUCUAGCAUGGCAACAUCGUUUGUGAGUGAGAACUCUUCAUUGUCUAACGUAAUCGUGCUCGGUUUCGACUCUUCCUCCUCCUGCUCCGCCCUUUUGUCCUGUUGCUGUCAAUGCUACUGUGAGUCGUUUUGCGCUGGAGAGGCGGAUCGCUGCGACUGCUGCCGACUGUCCUUCCAUUCGUCUGCGCGGAGGGUGUGCUCUCUGUGCGGAUUACACGCCUGAAGCAGGAGAGCUUCAAGCGUGAGGAGUCCCUCAUCACAAUGUGCUUUGUAGUCGACGUGGCAGUGGAUGAUUCUCCAGGCUGAGGAAGGCUUAGCGCAAAUCCUGUCUUUCAAUCUUUCGACUCUUCGUGAGCAAUGUAGCUCUUUUGGUGCCGACUGUGGAUUGAUCACUCAGUUGAAGAAAAUCCCAUUUCUUUUGAGUGCACGCUGCCCAGUGCAGCCCUAACCACGUUGAUAGGAACGAAGGAUUACUCAUGACGUUCAAUUCAAGAUCACUUUCCCGAAUUGUUCCUGUCCUGGGUCAACAGUCCUCAGGAUCGGAGUCCGAUAUGGACAGUAUCAGUGAGCAGGUUGCGAAGUUUGACUUCUUCGGAGCUGAGCAAGUACGAUUUCACUUUCCGGGAGCAGUGAGGAAAUUUGCGUACAGGUUCGACGGCUAUGGCAAAUUCGUCAAGAAGGAAUGGGACUUGAUGAGGGAGGUUUCUGAUGGCUUCUGCUGGUAUCAUGUGGAGCUUCCAAGGUCAAGUCAAAAGUUGUCCAUGUCCGCCGAGUAUCUCAUAGACGUCCUGUGCCCUCCCCUGAAGCUUCAAGAAAUCCUCGCUCUUGUCAGUAGUGGCCCCUUCUGUGGGACAGUGGAUGGCGCUUUGGUAUUUAGGGUGAACUCUGCCGGCCCUUGCGCAAGUAAGUUCACGCAAAGAAUCUCUGCCAUAGUCACUGACAGGCGUGUGAUUAGCGUCUCGCUCGGUCGUGUGUCGAGGCUGGAUUUCUCAACAGCUUCUACUCGGUCGCUGUUGUCUGAGGUUCCAUUGAUUGAGGCCAAGGAGCAAAGCAAUGACACAGAUAGCGAACGGAUGAGCCACCUCGGAUCUACGAAGUCCCGGGGCGUGGUCAUUCAAGAGCAUGUUCUGGAGUUUUUGUUGAGCAGGAACACCUUUGAAGAGGCUGAGAAUGCUAUUCCUACAGGAGUCGGUAAUUUACUGGUGCACAUCAUUGACACCCAUGUGGACCAACUGCAUGAGAUUGUGCUGCAGCUGGAGACUGAAUUGGACGAGGUCGAGCGAGACUUGGAUAUAGGUGUUGGUGCGACAAAGAAGCAGAUGCUGGACGACCGACGGUUUCCUAAGAUGCACUUGAACUUGCAGCGGUUAUUGCAAGUGAUAGCCCACGGCGACCAAGUGUUUCCCAGAGUGAAGGAUAAAUGUGCUGGGAAAUCAUGGUGCUCCUCCGAAGAUCUGACUACGCUGGAGGCACUUGUAGGGCGAUUGAGAAAGCUGAAAGAGAAUGUGGGCUUCAUUGUGAGCCGCAUCACGGCCAUUCAAGCAGGGCUCGAUAGCUGGCAAGCAGAACAGAUUAACCGCAAGUUAUACUAUCUGUCCUUCUUGUCCAUGUUGUUUCUCCCGCUCUCGAUCGUUACUGGAGCGUUUGGAAUGAACGUGGGUGGAGUGCCGUGGACAACGCAGACCAAUCCAAAGAACAUACAUGGAUUCCGUAACAUCAUGCUUAUAUGUGCUGUUAUUGUACUUCUUUUGCUGACACUGUUUGGGGCUGCUCCCUUGUACAACUACCUCAUAAGCCGCAGUCGCCAAGGGGCGAGGGACAGGCGGCUUCGGUCGCAGAAAUCUAUUCGAUACCUAGGUGGCAGUAAGCGGCGUUCGCAAUAUCUUCCUCUUUGAGCUAUUAUCCUAAAUUCUUGUGGAUUCGUGAAUUCGAGCCAGAAUUUAACCUCCACUUGUGAAUGUGAAUGAUUCCAAGACAUGUAACUGAACAUCAUCACAAAUCAAUAAAGUUGAAAUCAGACCUGCUUCAUUUA